AUGGCUUCCGUUGGUGUAGCAAAGCUUCCCCUUCACGAGGAUAUUGUUAAAGAUGGGAAAGGCAUAAAGGAUUUGCAAACACAGGAUGAAGAUGGCGCCAACCAGGUUGUCGAUCCAGAGAGUCUGAUCAAGCAUCCGCUGCAGAGUAGAUGGUCAAUGUGGUUCUUCAAGAACGACAAAGCCAAAUCAUGGACAGAGAACCUUAGAACCGUCACAGCCUUCGAUACAGUCGAAGAUUUCUGGGCACUAUAUAAUCACAUACAAGUUGCCAGCAGAAUAACAUCAGGAUGUGACUACUCAUUAUUCAAGGAGGGUGUAAAACCCAUGUGGGAAGACGACAAGAACAAAGAUGGUGGCAGAUGGCUCAUAGGGUUUGACCGCAAAUCAAAACCACAAGACAUAGACAGAUGUUGGUUAGAAACGAUGUUGCUAAUGGUUGGAGAGAGCUUUGACGACGAUUCAGAUCUAGUCAACGGUGCAGUGGUCAACAUUAGGAGUAAAGGAAACAAGAUUGCAAUGUGGACGGGAGAUUGGAGGAAAGAAGACUCGAUAACCAAUAUAGGACGAAAAUUCAAAGAAAGGUUAGGUCUACCAGCGAAAUACUCAAUAGGUUAUGAGGCACAUAAAGACACAAUGACGAAGACGGGGUCCAUGGCAAAGAGUCUCUACACCGUAUGA